AGCCUCUGACGUCAGCUUCCCUGACCUCAGUACUGCGGCGUAUUUUUUUCUGAGCGACAUCGCGGUUGAAGGCGCCAUAUUGAAAGAGCUGAAUUUUUUUCUAUAACGCGUCAAACUUCGACUUUUACACCAUGUUGUAUUUAGAGGAUUACCUGGAGAUGAUCGAGCAGCUUCCCAUGGAUCUCCGCGACAGGUUUACGGAAAUGAGAGAGAUGGACCUGCAGGUGCAGAAUGCCUCUGAUCAGCUGGAGCAGAAAGUGAUAGAGUUUUUUGUCAAUGCUAAAAAGAACAAACCAGAGUGGAGAGAAGAACAGAUGGAGCUUAUUAAAAAGGAUUACUACAAAGCUUUAGAAGAUGCUGAUGAGAAGGUGCAGCUGGCCAAUCAAAUAUAUGAUCUGGUGGAUCGACACCUACGUAAACUGGACCAGGAACUGGCCAAGUUCAAGAUGGAGCUGGAGGCCGACAACGCUGGAAUCACAGAGAUCCUGGAGAGACGAUCUUUAGAGAUGGACAGUCCGUCGCAGCCAAUCAAUAACCACCACGUCCACUCUCACGUCACAACAGAAAAGAGGAAGUACAGCGUUCCAGCUCACCAUACAACAGAACACGUUCCUGAGAAGAAGUUUAAGUCUGAAGCUCUACUGUCCACUCUCACGUCAGACGCAUCCAAAGAGAACACGCCAGGCUGCCGUACAAACAGCACCACCUCGUCCACCAACAACGUAUACAGCGUAAACUCCUCUCAGCCACUGGCCUCCUACAAUAUGAGCUCCUUACCUGCAGGACCAGGAGCUGGAGCAGGGGCCAUCACCAUGGCAGCUGCACAGGCUGUACAGGCAACAGCACAAAUGAAGGAGGGCAGGAGAACAUCCAGUCUGAAGGCCAGCUACGAAGCCAUCAAAAACAACGACUUCCAGCUGGGCCGAGAGUUCGCUCUGUCCCGGGACAACACGGGUUACCCUUCGUCUGCCCUGGCCUCCACCCUCACCCAGACUCUAACCCCCACCACCACCUCAGACUCCAGGGGCCGCAAGUCCAAAAGCAGUGUCAAGUCUUCCAACCAUCAGUCGUCUUCAUCGUCCUCCUCCUCCCUCUCAUCCUGCUCCUCAUCAUCAGCCUUGGCUCAAGAGCUCUCCCAGCAGGCCUCAGCGCUACCAGAGGCCGAGGUCAAUAGUCAAGUGGACUGGACCUACGACCCCAACGAGCCCCGAUACUGCAUCUGUAACCAGGUUUCUUAUGGAGAGAUGGUCGGCUGUGACAACACAGAUUGUCCAAUCGAGUGGUUCCACUACGGCUGCGUGGGGCUGACAGAAGCACCCAAGGGGAAGUGGUACUGUCCUCAGUGCACGGCUGCCAUGAAGAGGAGAGGCAGGCGCCACAAAUAGACUGUUCCGAGUGCGGAAGCCGCCACGUUGGAUAUGUAGACCUGUGGAGAGACUCGGGUCAGAGGUCACACUCUGCAGGUGACGGAUUAAUCAUUUUAGGAUCAAAAUGAAUCAAAAGGAGGCAAAAAAAAUAGAGAGGAGUCUGAAAUUAAAAUAAUCAAUGAAAAAAGGAAACAUUCAGACAAAAAUAUUUUAUCCUCUUCUAAUUAAAGUCACAAACCAGGUUGUGAUGUCAUUUGAGUGACGGAUCAUCUGGUCAGGUCAGGGUUAAAGGUCAAGGUGUCAGGAUCAUGUGGAGACUUUAAAAAGAGCUUAACUGAUGUCAUGUGACUGGAAGUCAUUUAAAAUCUCAUAUUUAAACCUGGACAAAAAUCAUCUUUGAUUCAAAGUCUUAUUUAUUCAAGCCAAACGUAAUGGGUGACUAGAUCAGAUUUUUCAGAUUCCCCUUCUUAAUCCCAAGUGACCACAGUAAUAUCUUAUCAUUGAUGUCAUUGAUCAUAUUAAUGGCACAGAUUUUCAUCAUUCUAGUUUCAGACCUGACUUUUGUCAAGCCCCCACCUCCAUCCAGUUAAAAAAAGAGACAAAACUCAGACAAAUAAAUGUGACCUCACACUUUUGAGAAUG